AUGUUAAUGUUCUCCCUCUGGAACCCACAUAGUAAGGUUUUGCGGUCAUCCGCGGGAUGGAUUAUUGAUAUUCAGUUUUCCCGGAAAUUGCAGAUAUUAUCUCGGCUAGUCAGAUGUAUACAAGAAGAGGCUUCGGUUGUGAACAUAGCUCGCCCAGCCGCGGAUAUGGUGCUUGGGGCAAUUAUGCAGAGUCAUCCCGCCGGUUUAUGGGGACGCUAA